AUGGCCACUCAGAUCUCAAAAAAAAGAAAAUUCGUUGCUGAUGGUGUCUUUUAUGCGGAACUCAACGAGUUUUUCACUCGUGAACUGGCCGAAGAAGGUUAUUCUGGUGUGGAGGUCCGUGUGACGCCAGCCCGCACAGAAAUUAUUAUUCGUGCGACUCACACCCAAGAGGUACUUGGUGAAAAAGGGCGCAGAAUUCGUGAGCUCACAGCUCUCAUCCAGAAACGAUUCAAAUUCCCGGAAAAUACAGUGGAAUUAUACGCCGAGAAGGUGUCAAAUCGUGGUCUUUGUGCCAUAGCUCAGUGUGAAUCGCUUCGCUAUAAAUUGUUGGCAGGUCUUGCCGUGAGGAGAGCUUGCUAUGGUGUUCUUCGUUUCAUCAUGGAAUCUGGUGCCAAAGGUUGUGAAGUGGUUGUUUCUGGCAAACUUCGAGCUGCACGUGCAAAAUCCAUGAAAUUCGUCGAUGGAUUAAUGAUUCACUCUGGUCAGCCGAUUCGUGAAUAUGUUGACACGGCUGUUCGACAUGUAAUGUUGAGGCAAGGGGUGUUGGGUAUUAAAGUCAAGAUCAUGUUUGCCUGGGAUCCUACUGGUAAAAUUGGCCCGAAAAAGCCUUUACCUGAUUCUGUUACCAUAGUGGAACCUAAAGAAGAAACACCGAUCACACAUCCUACCUCUGAAGACUUCCAACGACCAAUUCUCGAUGUUCCCGUACCCACAUCUCCAACCCAACAAUUGGAGUUCUCCACCGAGGAAAAAUUUGAAGAGUCAUAA